UUGAGGGAGGCGAUCAUCUGGGUAUGUUUUGUGGAAAGCAAUCGCAUCAAGAAUUCACCAGUCAAACAAUCGUGUGUUUUUCUCAAAUUCCCACAUAAUUUGUGAUCUUCCUAUAUCUAAAUAUAAUCAGAAGUGCUUCAGAAGGAGAUGAGUCUAAUAAACAAUGGAUAUCAGCUGAAAGACGAUAUAAGAGAGAGCUUUCUACUCGCGGAGAAGAAGAAAGAUUUGGGCAAUGAGCAAUACAAGAUUAAGAACUAUGCUAGAGCCAUACGGUUCUUCUCUGAUGCAAUAUCCUUGUGCCCAAACCAUCCAGCCUACUUUGUCUACCGUUCGGCCUGCCACAUGAUGCUGAGUGACUUCAAGCAGGCUCUGGCCGACGCCAGAUAUGCCGUGAAUCUCGAGCCGUCGUUUGAUAAAGGCUUCAUUCGAAUAGCGAAAUGCUGUCUUAUGUUGGGCGAUUUAGCGGGAUUCGAGCAAGCCGGCAAGGCUCUCAUGAAUCUGGAUCCAAAAAGCACAGCUCUCAAUAUGGAAAUACAGAAUAUUAUCCAAUUGCGAGAUCUCGAAGCUAAAAGUGUGGCUUUGUAUGAGAAGAGAGAUUUCCGAUCAACGAUAUUCCAAUUGGACAAUGCAUUGAAAAUCGCUCCGGCAUGUCAGCGAUACAAAUUGCUAAAAGCCGAGUGUCUGGCUCUCCUGGGAAAUGUUGAUGAAGCAAGUGCAAUUGCCCUGAACAUUAUGAAAGAGGAUAGGAAGUGCGCUGAAGCCACAUUCAUUCGUGGACUUUGUCUGUAUUACAUGGGAAACUUAGACAAAUGCGUAAUACUUUUCCAUCAAGCAUUGACUCUCCAGCCGGAUCAUCAGAAAGCGAAGAUGUAUCGGAUGACUGCUCUCAAUCUGAAAUCAUGCAAGGAUUGCGGAGAUGAAUUGUUCAAAGCAGGCAGAUUUGAAGACGCUUAUGCGGCCUACUCAAAAGCCCUGCAAAUUGACCUGUCCAACAAUGAUGCCAACAGCAAAUUGUACUACAAACGUGCUCAAAUGAGUUACGAGAUGAAACUGAAGAAAGACUGCGUGAGAGAGUGCAGUUCAGCGCUUGAUAUAAGGAAUGACUAUUUGGAUGCAAUUCUCCUGCGGGCUAAAUGCUACAGUGAAUUGGAAGAAUACGAGGAGUCUGCGAGAGACUACGAACAGGCAUUUAAGAUGGUGAAAUCUGCAGAAAUCAUAGAACUUCUGCGAGGAGCGAAGUAUGACAUGAACAAACCCAAGACUUUCUGCUACUAUAAGACUCUGGGUGUUGAUAGAAAUGCCACUGGCGAGGAGAUCAAAGCGGCUUACAGGAAACGUGCUUUGGUUCAUCAUCCAGACAGGCAUAUUCUCUUGCUGGAGAAUGAGAAAAGAGAGCAGCAGAGGAAGUUCAGAGAAGUCGGACAAGCAUACACUGUUUUGUCUGAUGUUCAGAAGAAGGCAAGAUACGACAGUGGACAGGAUCUCAGCAAAUGUGAGGCAGAUUUUGAUCCUACGGAAACUUUCCAGAAAUUCUUCUUCUCCGCCAAUCAAGGAUCUUUUCAUAUUCAAUUUUAAUUAAAAAAAAAAAGCUGAAAUAAUCGAGUUUUCAUAUUUAUAUUGCUUCUGCGUGAGGUGAGCUUCUGGC